AUGAUAACAGGUGCAAAGUGGUUGAUAUUAGCUGGAAUAACAGUGUUGCAAGUAUCUGUAUGCAGAAGUCAAGACGUCCCCACAAAAGAUAAGAAACCACAAUCUGUAAAGGAUCUUCUCAACACAACGUCUUGCAUAACUCCACCAUACAGAUGUCCACAUCCCAAAAUCCAAUACUACUUGUACACUAGGUCCACGCAAGAAAAGGGUGAAUUAUUGAAUACUUUAAACGACAAUUCCUUGUCUUAUUCCAAGUUUAAUCCCAAACAUCCGACAAAGAUCAUCGUGCAUGGGUUUGCUGGUGGCAGGAACCAGUCGCCGAGCACCGACCUGAGGAAAGCUUACUUUACGAGAGGCAAUUAUAACAUUAUUAUUGUGGACUAUGCGGACAUCGCCAAAGAGCCUUGUCUUAGCCAGAUAGAGUGGGCGCCUCGUUUUGGCGGACUGUGUAUAGCACAGUUGAUAGAAUAUAUCCAGUAUCACCCCACAAAGUCAGUGCCACCAGAGAAAAUGCAUACCAUUGGCUAUAGUGUUGGUGCUCACAUUCUCGGACUUGCAGCCAACUAUAUAUCUGAAGGCAAACUUGGCAGAAUCACAGGUCUGGACCCAACAAUAUUUUUCUACAUGGGUAAUAACAGAUCCCGUGACCUCGAUUACACCGACGCCCAUUUUGUGGAUAUCUUGCAUACAGGCGCAGGAAUAUUGGGUCAAUGGGGGCCUAAUGGCCAUGCCGACUUCUACGUCAAUGGGGGCUCCAGUCAACCCGGAUGUGCUCACGACACUAUAUUUCAAACUUUAUCCUGCGACCACACAAAAGUGACACCAUACUUCAUCGAGUCGAUCAACAGUCGCACAGGCUUUUGGGCAGGCCCCUGUUCUAGUUUACUCUCUUACCUCAUAGGGUGGUGCGAACCUAAAGACACGGAGUUUGUACUAAUGGGCGAACAUGUGACGCAUAAUGCCAGAGGUGUAUAUUACGUCACUACCAAUGCUAAACCACCUUACGCAAGAGGCUUCCCCGGAAAAUCAAGACGCCUCAGAUCUGUUUCACCUUAUAGCUGA